AUUUCUAUCUGUAUAAAUAUCACAAGUUAUUUCUGUCCAACCAGCUGAAACAUCAGACCCUGCAUAUACUUACAAUAUCUCUGUUCAAUAGUUGAAUGGGUGGAUGGAGUCUAACUUUGCAGUUUUGCAUGUGAUAUUGGUCAUUAUAAAUUUUUCAAGCACAAAUGGGACUUUCUGUGGUCUGCGAGGAGAGCCUGCAUACCCACAACUUUCAAAGGAUGGUGAUAUCAUAGUUGGAGGGAUUUUCCCCUUUCACAGAACUUGGGAAAUGUCAGACAUGUCCUAUACAGUCAGGCCAUCACCGCUUAAGUGUGUGAGUCUUGAUUUCAGACCUUUCCAGUUUUCACAGUCCUUGAUUUUUGCAAUAGAAGAGAUCAACAACAGUUCCUCUUUACUCCCUGGAGUCUCACUGGGCUACAAGAUCUAUGACACAUGCAGUUCCACAGCGAUGGGAGUUCGAAUGGCUAUGGCACUUGUUAAUGGAAAUGACAACUCAAAAUUGGAUGAGCCCUGCACAAAGCCAGCCCAGGCACAAGCCAUAAUUGGUGAGUCAUAUUCAUCGGUGUCAACAGCUAGCGCAAACAGUGUUGGAUCUUUCAGCAUUCCCUUGAUCAGUCACUCUUCAACCUGUGAGUGUCUCAGUGACAAAACAAAAUAUCCAUCAUUUCUGCGCACUAUUCCCAGUGAUUACUACCAGAGCAGAGCACUGGCACAUUUGGUCAAGUAUUUUGGCUGGACCUGGGUGGGUGCAAUCAGAAGAGAUGAUGACUAUGGUAACAGUGGGAUGGCUGCAUUUACUGAAGCUGCACAACAGCUGGGCAUUUGUCUAGAAUAUUCCCUUCCAUUUUUUAGAACCUACUCACAAGAAAAAGUGCUGAGAAUAAUCCAGCAGAUCAAAAGCUCUACUUCUCGAGUGAUUGUGGCAUUUGUCGCUUAUUGGGACUUCGAGAUUUUGCUGAAUGUAUUUUAUGAACACAACAUUACUGGAUACCAGUGGGUGGGAACUCAAGGUUGGAUCUCUGAUUCAACUGUAGCCAGAAUGGAUGAGCACAAAAUACUGCAAGGAGCCAUAGGACUGGCUAUUCCCAAUACAAAAGUGACAGGUCUGAAGGACUUCAUUCUGGAUAUAUAUCCACUGAAAUCUGUAGGUAGCACCAUUUUUACUGAAUUCUGGGAAACUUUGUUUAAAUGUAAAUAUACGAUGCGAAAUGACUCAGAAGACAUAACAGUGUGCACAGGUAGAGAGAACCUGUCAGAAAUGGAAAACGCCUUCACAGACAUGACACUAAUGCCUGUUUUCUGCAAUGUGUAUAAAGGAGUAUAUGCUGUUGCCCAUACCUUACACAACCUUCUUGGCUGCACACAGACAUGCCCUACAAAGAAGCAGCCUGAUCCUCUCACUUUUCUAGAACAUCUGAAAAGGGUGCACUUCAAAACCAAAGAAGGCGAAGAGGUUUAUUUUGAUAAAAAUGGUGACCCUGUGGCUAAAUAUGAAAUAAUAAAUUUGCAAACUAUUGAAGAUCACCAUGAGUUUGUCACUGUAGGACUUUAUGACUUUUCUCUCCCGGCUCACAAUCAAUUAGCAGUAAAUGCAGCCUCUAUUGUGUGGGCACAAAAUACAAAUCAGGUGCCGGUGUCUGUGUGCAGUGAGAGCUGCCCUCCAGGAACCAGGAAGGCUGUGCAGAAAGGGAAGCCUAUCUGCUGUUUUGACUGUAUACCAUGUGCUGAAGGAGAGAUCAGUAAUAUGACAGACUCGAUUAAAUGUGAACAAUGCUACCAAGACUACUGGUCAAAUCAACACAGGAAUGAAUGUGUGAAGAAGGAAAUUGAGUUCUUGUCGUAUGAGGAAACAAUGGGAAUUUUGCUAACAGCUGUUUCAAUUAUUGGUACAGUUCUGACAAUAAUAAUAGCAAUUAUAUUCUUCAGACAUAAAAAAACCCCAAUAGUCAAAGCCAAUAACUCAGAGCUGAGUUUCUUAUUGCUCUUCUCUCUGGCUCUGUGUUUCCUCUGUUCACUUACUUUCAUUGGUCGGCCCUCUGAGUGGUCCUGUGUGCUGCGCCACACAGUGUUUGGGAUCACCUUCGUCCUCUGCAUCUCCUGUGUUCUGGGGAAAACAGUAGUGGUGUUAAUGGCCUUCAGAGCUACACUUCCAGGCAGUAAUGUCAUGAAAUGGUUUGGGCCUCCACAGCAGAGACUCAGUGUUCUCACCUUCACUCUCAUACAGGUCCUAAUUUGUGUCCUUUGGUUAACAACAUCCCCUCCUUUCCCCGUCAAAAAUCUAAAGCACUACAAGGAAAAGAUCAUUCUAGAAUGUCAGUUAGGUUCAGCAGUAGGUUUCUGGGCUGUGCUGGGUUACAUAGGACUUUUGGCUCUACUGUGUUUUGUUUUAGCUUUUUUGGCUCGGAAGCUGCCUGAUAAGUUUAACGAAGCCAAGUUCAUCACAUUCAGCAUGCUCAUAUUCUGUGCAGUUUGGAUCACCUUCAUCCCAGCUUAUGUCAGCUCUCCUGGAAAGUUCACUGUAGCUGUGGAGAUAUUUGCUAUUUUGGCCUCAAGCUUUGGUUUGCUGUUCUGUAUCUUUCUUCCAAAGUGUUACAUAAUCAUACUAAAACCAGAAAAAAACACAAAAAAGCAAAUCAUGGGUAAAGUUCCACUUAAGUGA